AUGUCAUCCGAAAUGACGUCUCCCGAACACGGGGUCUCCACAUCGAACUCGGCGGCGGCCACGCCCCCUCCGAAGCCGUCAGGAGGCGGAGAGCAGCAGCAAGUACCAUUCCGUACGUUUCCUUUUGUUUUGGCGCCUUAUCCGCGCGACAACCUUUCCGUGCUCACAGAAAUUCAAAACCGGCGUCUUGCCUGUUCAGUCGUUGUCUGCCUUUAUUUUUGUGUCAUCUUCGCACAAAAAUAGGCUAUUAUUCAUGUGUGCGUCGUCGCUUAUUUUGCUGCCCGUGCCGUCGUUUUCCAGAAUUAUACGAGCCUGCGCAGUCGAAGAAGUCUAAAUGUUUUCUUUCUCGUUCUCAAUUUCCGGGCCCUGGACGAUGGUUGGAAACAUGUCUAUUGUUGCAGAAAUGAUACCACCCGGUCACUUCUUUGCCAAUCCGUUCAUGAACUACAUGCCGGCGACUCCAGCGGAAAACUGGCCUCCGAGGCCCCCAGCUGACGGGAAUCCGGCGAUGGCAGCCGCUCAGGGGCAGAUGGUACUCUCUCCCGCACAAUAUCAAGAGAUGAUCCAGCAUUACUUCCAACAAAUGAUGGCAGCCAGUGGAGCACAGUUUCCCAUUCAGUUCCCGCAGUUCCAGCCGACAUUUCAACAGCCUCGGCCGUCUUCUCAAGUGAGUUUUAUGAUGUAUUUCAUCACGGGAGUGUCGAAAUAGAGCGAAGGAUCCAAACAAUGGUCCGUGUAUUUCGCAAUGGGGUCUCAAUGGUCCUCAUAAGUGUAUUCCAUCCCAUUGAUUGCAGGCCUCAUCAUCUCACAGAUCUGAAGAUGAUGGCGGACGACGGACAGCUGGCAGCGUCGCGUCGAAUGUCUCUCCGAAUCAUCACGAGGUUGGAAAACACUUGAGUCUGCAGUCAAACACCACUUCUCUCUUUCUUUCCAGACACCAUCCGAGGAGGCGAAAGAGACGACGAUCGUCCCGGAAACGGCUGCAGAGCCUCCUGCGACCUCGAAUGGUGAGUUUCAUUUUCAUUGGAAGCGCUGGCUUAAUCGAAUUAGACGCGAGUCAGGGAGCACUAUUUUCGGCCGAAUGUUCUGCUCUCCGUUUGAUACGCGGCCGCCUUCUGCUCAUCCGCCUAUGGCCAAAUGCGCGCGCGAACUGAAACACGAGAGCGUCCGAUGUGUCGAACUGCCUGCGUCUUUCCUUGUCCCGCACUGCUUUUCCGCUCGGAGAUUCACUAAUUGUCGGAUCUGACGAGUCCGCGCGAAUGUGUGUAUGCGAUGGCAUUAGGGGAAGAAAAGGCUGGAGAAAGUGGAAAGAAAAGGUUUUUUCGUCAUAUAUCACGUUUGUGGGUACUCAGCUGCUCAUCUCAAUAUUUUGCCACUAUUUUACUAUUCAUGGGUAUAAGAAGAGGAAGAAGGGAAGGGAGAUACAUACGGCGGUGCAUGUAUAAUCUGUCUUGUGAGCGGGACGCGUCGUAAUUAAGCAGAACAAAUAAAGGAGACACACGAAUUGAUCCGUUCAAUUGCAGAUGACGUUCCGGUGGCUACGCCUUCGGACGUGGCUGGAGAAAUGAUCGAGAAAGCGGAAGAGUCGCUCAUGGCGGAAGUGUCCCCAGAAGGCGAGGAUAAGUGCGAAGAGAAACGAAAGUUGUCUGGAGACCGGACGGACAGUCUCAUCCGGAAGCAGAUGAAUGAAAUGGAGAAGGAAAUCACGAGGCGGUCCCAGAAUAAAAACAUCAAAAAAGUGAGCUGAUCUUCUAACCUCUUGAUCUCCGAUCACUGACUUCCAUCUGAAGUUCCAUGAGCAUUUGACUGGAACGUUCUCUGAUUUGUUUGUCCAUUGCAAUCCAAUUCCUAACAAUUGCAGCGGUCCAAUAAUCUAAUAGAGCGUCGCGGCCCUCUUUUCUCCUUAUUUUCUGCUCUCCUUCGGGGGCCCGGCCAAUUCCACAAAUGCACUCGCUCUCUUCUUCCUUCACUCACUUCUUUCUUUCCUUUUUCAUCCUCCUUCAACUUCUCUUCUCACUUUUUCCUUUUCGAUCCAUUCUUUGAAUCCCGUCCGCACAUAGCUGCAACCAUUAACUCUUCGGGUUCCCAAUCACUCCGGUGUCAGAUUGACGACGACGGACUCGCCGAACUCAUCGGAUCCACCUCCAAACCGUCAGCAGUCGACGCAUUCUCCCCCUUCGUGGAAAAGGUACCCGACCGAUUGCUGUUCGUCGUUCUCGUGCUCUCGUGCUCGCAUGCUUCCUUCUUACUCACACAGUUUCCCUCAUACCGUGUGUGUGAUGUGAUCGUGCAGUUACAGGAGUAGUCGGUUUCUUCUUCUCCUCCUUCCUGACUGACUCCCUUCCGAUCCGUGUUGUUCUCUUUCCUACCGUGAUUCCUCUGAUUGUCGUGCUCCCAAGUAUUGUUGUCGUUGCCUAUUCGUCGUUUUCCAAUUGCCUCCGUUUUCAGAGUGCUCUUCCCUACACUGCUGCUACGGCGGUUGCAGAGAAGCCGGUCACGAAGGAGUCUCUCAACCAGCUCCGUUCCUCAUUCAAUCUUCCCGAGGAUUCACCGACAGUCGGCCCAGUUCCAUUCCAAUCUCAGUCCCCGAUUCCGCCGUCGACCAAUCAACAGCCGCCUUCUCAACCACAGCCUCAGCUCGCCAGCAAUUCAAUGUUUAUGGCAACUUCCAACAACUUUUUGCCAAAUGCAUUCCCGAUUGGGGUUACGGUAACUUGCUUUUUACCUUGUUCAGUCACAAGAAAAGUGAAUCGUUCAGAUGACACCCCAAGCUCCGUUCGGUGCUUCUCCUGGAUUCCAGAUGAUGCAGCCUCAUCAACAUAAUCUCUUCAUGCAACAACCCAAUCGUAAUACAUUCUCAUACAGUGUCUAUCAACUUUUGAUUCCUUUCAGUCAAUAUAAUGAACAACGGAACGAAUCCAUUCCUGCAGACGCAACAACCCAUCGCUCCCGUCAACUUCGUGCAGCAGAAUGGAGCCGCUCCCCUGGUUCCGACCGUUUCCGCCCAGCACUGCACUCCUGAGCAGCUUGCCGCUGUCUUUGCUCAGCAGCAAAUCGCUCAACAACAAGCGGCUCAGAUGCCCGCACCGACUCCUUUCGAUGCUCCGCCACCUGCGGCUCCCGCGGCCACGUCAGUCCCAUCCACUUCUGGAGCACUCGCCCCUCCGCCUCCACCAUCCCAUCCGAUUCCGCGAAGAAUCAGUGUAAAUGGAUGGCCAGAGGAGAACGGAAACAAUCCAAAUGGAUCGGCAGUCCCAAACGGAUCCGGAAGCGGAGAGGACCCUGUGUGGGUUCUGAGGGAUUCAUAUUUGAAGAAGAUGCAAAGAGAGCAACGCACUUCAGCCGAUGAGGUUCGUUUUUGAGAAACAAAAGAGUCUUCAUGUUUCAUAGGCUAUCAAAGUGACGGGGAACUCUGGUUCAAUCAACCUUCCUCUCUUUCAUUUCCUCUCGAAUCGUUUUUCGCAACGACACUCUGGGGAGCCUCCAGAUUGCCGCCCUUCUUCCCAAUGAUAGAUGUCCUUCAUUUCCUUUCGCAACCCGUCGUUUUUCAGGAAAUGAGUUGGCACGAAGCGGCCACAGCUGCUCAGGAAGCCGCCGAAAACGGUGGCGGCGAGGAGGAAGAGCAGGAGACGGACAGGCUUCUGAACGGAGGCGGCGCAGGGGGCAAGACUUCCAGCCUCAGGGACCGUCGGGGAUCUGUAGACAAGAAGAAGAACAGCAAAGAAAGUAAGUGGGGAAGACGUGUUAGGAAUAAGCGCCGCGCAGAGAAAAGGGAGCCCAUUCCCCGUAGAAAGCGCACCGUGUCGUCGUUCCCUUUUCUCCUUCUCGAUAGUUCUCUGAAAUCGUAAUUCAUUCCGCACACCGUCGUCCACACGCGCACUUCCACUCGUCCUCUCCACUUGUAGUUGUUCUAAUUUGGUGAGUUUGGAUUCGAUUUGUAAUGGCAUCCUUUCACCUUUUUCGAUCCCGUCGCACCUUUUUUUAGUUAUCAAUAUUCCCUUUUCGGUUUUUGUGUGAAUGCACGUGGACCCAUCCCCCUUCAGAUCUCCUCUAAAUCUUCACUCCCUCUUCCUGCUCACUCGGGCGGCAUUGUAAUCAUCCUCCGACCGUACUUUACACACUCACUCUUCUGUUUUUUCACACCGACCGUUCAAUGUUGUGAUUGCCUCACUUUCGGCCCUUUCCAUCGCCCUUCUCGUGGUUUCUCUAACACGCGCGUUUCUCCACUUCUAUCCUGUAAAUGGUCUCCCUUUCGACACGGCUUCUUUUCUGGUAAAUGGUGGCUUAUGAGUGAGAAUCCCGCUUUAGACGUCCGUCUCCCUUCGAGAACAUCAUCCGAUCUUUUCAGCAAUGGUUCAUGAACCUGCAGUUCUCAUCGAAGGAGUCCUCUUUCGUGCUCGAUAUCUCGGAUCGACGCAGAUGUUGUGCGAGAGCCGAGGUAGCAAAGCGGCCAGAAUGGCUCAGGCGCAGGAAGCCGUGGCGAGAGUGAAGGCACCGGAAGGCGACGCCCAGCCAUCCACUGAAAUCGAUCUCUUUAUUUCUACUGAAAAAAUUAUGGUUCUGAAUACGGAUCUUCAGGUUUUCAGAUGGUUGCAACGUGUGUAUCAUUCUAUGAACUUCAGAGAAUCUCCGACACUGAUGUCCGACAGGAUAUUCUGAUGGAUCACGCCCUUCGGACGAUCAGCUAUAUUGCCGAUAUCGGUGAUUUAGUAGUUUUGAUGGCAAGGAGAAUGUCUACGAGCCACUCGGACGAGUCUUGUUCUGACAGGUUCGGGAGACGCACCGCAGUACACUUUAUCUUCUUCUGUUUCAGUGAUGGCGGAGGGGUUCGCAAGACACCUAAGGUCAUCUGCCACGUCUUCGAAUCAGACGAAGCAUCUUUCAUCGCUCAGUCGAUCGGCCAGGCAUUCCAAGUAGCUUACGUCGAGUUCCUGAGAGCCAAUGGCAUCGACGAUCCUUCUUAUUUACGACAAAUUGACUAUCAGGUAUUACUCUUCAGUCCUCAAGUUCUUUUCAAAUACCAUUACAUCUCAGGAAGUGCUCAAUUCGCAAGAACUUCUCGGCGAUGAACUCGAGAUGUUUGCAAAAAAAGAGACGCAAAAAGAAGUUGUCGUUCCGAAGAAAGCGGGCGAAGCGCUCGGAAUAGUCGUGGUCGAGUCGGGAUGGGGAUCCAUGCUGCCGACUGUCGUGCUCGCCCACAUGAAUCCCAACGGACCGGCAGCUCACUCUAAUAAACUGAACAUCGGCGAUCAGAUCAUCAACAUCAACGGCAUCUCUCUCGUCGGACUGCCUCUUUCUGCCGCGCAGACUCAGAUCAAGAACAUGAAAACGGCGACGGCAGUCCGGAUGACCGUUGUCUCGACGCCUCCAGUAGUUGAAGUCCGCAUCAGGAGACCCGAUACCAAGUACCAACUGGGAUUCUCUGUGCAAAACGGAGUAAUUUGUUCGCUUCUGCGAGGUGAAAACGGAAUAUGUGGAAUAGAGAAAUGAAUGGGGUUUUCAGGUGGAAUCGCCGAACGCGGAGGCAUUCGAGUCGGCCAUCGAAUAAUUGAAAUCAACGGAACUUCAGUGGUUGCAGUGGCCCAUGACAGGUAAAAAAAGAAGAAUUCCGGAAGGAUACUAAUGGAAUCAAUUUCAGAAUAGUGAAUAUGCUGGCAACGGCGGUCGGGGAAAUCCACAUGAAGACGAUGCCGACGUCGAUGUUCCGUCUUCUGACCGGCCAGGAGCAGCCGCAGUACAUUUAA